AUGGCACUACAAAAGGUUGCAAGCGAUACGGCUGCAGGUCCAGAUCAGAUCACAGGAGAAGUCAUUAAGAAGCUAGGUGAAGAGGGGCAAAUAUGCCUCGCACAAAUCUUCACAAGAAUAAUAAGAGGGGAUGAAGACAUCCCCAUGGAAUGGAGUGAAGGCAGGGUGGUAGCACUGGAGAAGAAGGACUCUACCAGAGGAUUGCUAUCCACCUACCGGCCGAUCACGAUCACGGCGGUGCUCUACCGAGUUUUCGCUCGGGUUAUUAACCGGAAAAUACAUGACUGGAUAGAAGGUCAUGGGAUCCUCGGUGAGAUGCACAAUGGGUAUCGGAGAGAUAGAAGGGGAGACGACUGUAUGUUCAUUGUCACCUCAAUCAUAGAAAUGACGAGAGCAGAGAAGAGGGGUUUGAAAGCCACCUUCCUAGACUGCACAAAAGCAUACGAUAAGCUAGAGCAGGGUCUGAGACAAGGGUGUGCCCUGUCACCCACCCUGUUCAUGCUGUACAUCUCAAGAUUGGAGAGAAGGCUUGUAGAAUCGGGCCGGGGAGUGAAGAUGAGGACCUCGAAAAACAUCUUCGAGAAUAAAGAAAACUUUAACCUGUCCGGCAGUGGGGUGAGCCCGGAGCUCAGCAUCCAGGGGCUUGUGAUCCCCACAGCCAAAUCAUACAAGUAUCUUGGCAUCACGCUUUGCAACAACCGGAACUACCUAAGUGAGCAGGAGAAAGUGUGGAAAGAGAAAUCCACGAAAGCGCUCAGGCAAAUGUACGCCGAGUCGCUAUGGAAGUUCAACAGACUCGAGCGAAUGCCGAGCCACCGAUGGCCAAAAGCCAUCCUGGAGGCAAUGAAGACAUGCAACAUCUUCAGUGAGGCGUACAAAAGAAUGAAACACCUCAGCAGACUGUAUGAGUGCGAGUUCGAUGAACCGCAACAUGUGGAAUCUGAAGAACGUCACUGGAGAGCCUUCCGCAACGAUGUGAGCGACCGCAUCAGAACAUUCACUGACAGGGAAUGGAGGGAGAACAUGGAAACCAAACCGAGCCUGAAAAGAUACAGGCAACACAAAAUGAACAGGGGCACAAUCGAUCAUGUAUAUGACAACACAAGAGGGAGUACCCUCCUGGCAGGGGCCCGUGCCGGUUUCCUCAACACAAACUCCUUCAGAGCCAGAUCACCCGUGGGACCUCAACAGUCCUCACUUUUGAGUCAGAACAAUGGUUCGGAUGUGACGAAAAUCAAGAAAGAGAUCAACGUUCAUCUGGUCGAGGAUCUCAUGAGGUUGACCGAGCUCUUCGAAUCGUACGAGAAGGUUGCCCCGCCGAAAGCCAAAGGAAGCUUCGGACAGCUCGUUCGACUUCUCCGAGGGUUGACAUCAGACCAAUCGAGCGAUUCCUCGCUGCUCAACUCUGUCAUUGAAAUAUCGGCCACCACAAUGCGACUGAAAACACUCGCCGCGUCAAGCCAAAUUAUCCGGAUGGGCUUGAUUGGUUUUGUCGUAGUUUUUCUCGAGUCGAACCUUCGCAGCGCGCUCGCGACCUUCGCCAGUAGUUCGGAUGGACUCAUCAGCAGCAUCUCCCUAACCGCAACAGUGGUUCAGGUUUUGUUUAGCCGCAAACGACUCUCGGAGGAAUACGCCCUCAGGCUUCUCAAGCACUUGUGUUCCGCCGCAAAGAAGAAUAAGUCUUGGAAGGUCAUCUACGUUCUUAUCCAGCUCCUCGAGAAACUGGUGCCGAGGUUGGAUAACUUGAAGCCCAAUGUAGUAAGCCUCAUCAAGGAAGUCAUCAGCCAGCUGCGAGCUUUAUGUCGAAUCGAAAUUCUCAGCGCACCCUCAUCUCCGAUAAGCGAAGAAGUCGCCGCGGCAAACCUGACCUCGGCGUUCCGGGAUCUCGUUGGCGCCAUCUCUACUUCCGGCCUCACAUCGAGCCAGCAAAACUCACUCAAUGGAAUCGUUAUAUUGCUUAUCUCCAUUCUAUUGAAGAUUAUUACCGGUGACAGCACGAAGCUGCGUCACUUGAUGGAAGGCAUCCAAGUCAACUCGAACGCUGACUGCAAUGGGGUUCUCGGUGCUGUAGGCUGCAUUAUCUACGAGCUGAUCAGCAAGGCAGGUGGAGGCCUCGGUGAAGCGGUCGUUCACGUGGCCGGUUCGACUUAG